UAGAAGCUCCCCAGCCAAGACGCCACUGCGAAGAUGCUGCCAAAAACUUUGAUUCUGUUUCUGAUCCUGACGAUUGCGGUUUGCUGCUUCUCGGCAGAGCUGCCCAGGAACGCUUACUUGCCGCCGUUCCUGAGCUCCCACAGACUGUCGGAAGGGAUAACUGAUGGAGUGGAGGCUUACCCCCAAGGACCUUCACUGGAAAGCGAGCCUCUGGGAAGAUACGCCCCGAUCUUCCUGGACUUUCCGGCCAUUCAGAGUCCUUUGCGGCAGCAGCAGGAGUACGCCCUGGACCUGCCUUUCGAGGAGAGGCCCCUGGAGUUCGAUAGUGUCCUUGCCGCGUUUUAUUAGUCCUGUUUGAAUGGAAAACAUCUACGAAGUGUGAGCCAAGAGAUGAAUAAAUUGUCAGCUUGAUUCUUGGGUCUUAAGACAUCUUUUUUCGAGUGUAGCAGGACGAGUGCAA